GUUGAUGUUCUGGACAGACUGGGGAAACUCCAGAGCUGGCAUUUACAGAAGCGACAUGGACGGGUCAUCGGCUGGAUGCAUUGUUUCGGAGGGUGUGCGGUGGCCAAACGGCAUUUCUGUGGAUGACCACUGGAUCUACUGGACCGAAGCCUAUAUGGACAGGAUUGAGAGGGUCGACUUCAAUGGGGUGCAGAGAUCUGUGAUCCUGGACAGCCUCCCUCACCCCUACGCUAUUGCUGUAUUUAAGAAUGAAAUCUACUGGAAUGACUGGUCACAGCUGAGUAUUUUCAGAGCAUCCAAAACCAGCGGCUCGAGAAUGGAGAUCUUAGUCAGCCGAUUAAAUGGGAUCAUGGAUAUGAAAAUCUUUUACAGAGGAAAAACGACAGGGGAGAACGCCUGCAUCGCCAAGCCCUGCAGCCUGCUCUGCCUGCCCAAGUCAAACAACGGCAGGAGCUGCAAGUGCCCCGAGGGGGUGUCCAGCACCGUGCUGCCCAGCGGGGAGGUGAAGUGCGACUGUCCUCAUGGCUAUGUUAUGAAGAACAGCACUUGCAUGAAGGAAGAAAACACGUGUCUGCCCAACCAGUACAGAUGCUUGAAUGGGAACUGCAUAAACAGCACUUGGCGGUGUGACAACGACAAUGACUGUGGGGACAUGAGCGAUGAGAAGAACUGCCCCACCACCGUGUGCGAUGCUGAGACCCAGUUCCGCUGCCAGGGCUCGGGGACCUGCAUCCCACUGUCCUACAAAUGUGACCUGGAGGACGACUGUGGGGACAACAGCGAUGAAAGUCACUGCAAAGCUCACCAGUGCAGAAACGAUGAAUUCAGCUGCAGCUCGGGGAUGUGCAUCCGUCUUUCCUGGAUGUGUGAUGGUGAUAACGACUGCAGGGACUGGUCCGAUGAAGCGAACUGCACUGCAGUAUAUCACACCUGCGAGGCAUCCAGCUUCCAGUGCCAGAACGGCCACUGCAUCCCGCAGCGCUGGGCCUGCGACGGUGACGCCGACUGCCAGGACGGCUCCGACGAGGACCCUGCCAACUGCGAAAAAAAGUGCAAUGGUUUCCAGUGCCCAAACGGCACUUGCAUCCCAACCAGCAAACACUGCGAUGGCAUCAACGACUGCUCCGACACCUCGGACGAGCAGCACUGCGAACCCCUGUGCACCCGCUACAUGGAUUUUGUGUGCAAGAACCGGCAGCAGUGCUUGUUCCACUCCAUGGUUUGCGAUGGCAUCAUCCAGUGCCGAGAUGGAUCAGAUGAAGAUGCCAACUAUGCUGGCUGCUCCCAGGACCCUGAGUUCCACCGGACCUGUGACCAGUUCAGCUUCCAGUGCCAGAACGGGGUGUGCAUCAGCCUGGUGUGGAAGUGCGAUGGGAUGGAUGACUGCGGCGAUUACUCUGACGAAGCGAACUGUGAAAACCUGACAGAGGCCCCGAACUGCUCCCGGUACUACCAGUUCCAAUGCGGGAACGGGCACUGCAUCCCCAACCGAUGGAAGUGUGACGAGGAGAACGACUGCGGGGACUGGUCGGAUGAGAAGGACUGCGAGGGUUCUCCAGUUCGCCCCGUUACCACAUCGAUCCCACUGACGUGUUUAGCUAAUCACUUCCGUUGCAACAGCGGCGCCUGCAUCACGAACAGCUGGGUCUGCGACGGGUACAAGGACUGCACCGACGGCUCCGAUGAGGAAGCCUGCCCCAGUGUGCAGGACCCAACGUCCCCGGCGGUCCCGGGACGCUGCAGCAGUUUCGAGUUCGAGUGCCAGCAGCUGCACAAGUGCAUCCCCAACUGGAAGCGGUGCGACGGCCGGCGGGACUGCCAGGACGGCACGGACGAGAGGAACUGCCCCACUCGCAGCACCCUGUUGUGCCCUAAUGGUUACAAAUGCGAGGACGGAGAGGCCUGCAUUAUGGUGACGGAGCGGUGCGAUGGAUAUCUGGACUGCUCAGACAGCAGCGAUGAGAGGAACUGUACCGAUGACACAAUCGUGUACAAAGUCCAGAACCUCCAGUGGACGGCCCAUUUCUCUGGCGAUGUCACUCUGACAUGGGCUCGGCCAAAAAGAAUGUCCUCGACCUCCUGUGUCUACAACAUCUAUUACAGGAUGGUUGGUGAAAGCAUCUGGAAGAUUUUGGAAACCCACAGCAACAAAACCAACAGCAUUUUGAAAGUCCUCAAGCCUGACUGUACCUAUCAGGUGAAAGUCCAAGUGCAGUGUCUCAGCCGAGUCUACAACACCAAUGACUUCAUCACCCUCCGGACACCAGAAGGAUUACCAGAUGCUCCCUUUAAUCUUCAGCUGUCCCUGAAAAAAGAAGCUGAGGAUGUGGUGAUGGGCUCCUGGAGUCCCCCCGUGAACGCCCACGGCCUCAUACGGGAGUUCAUCGUGGAAUACAGCAGGGCUGGAUCCAAGGAGUGGUCGUCCCUUAGAACUACCAAGAACUACACUGAGAUCAAGAACUUACAAGUCAACACGUUAUACACAGUUAGAGUUGCUGCAGUAACUAGUCGAGGAGUGGGAAACUGGAGUGAUUCCAAAUCCAUAACCACCAUAAAAGGCAAAGUCAUUCCCCCACCUGUAAUACACAUUGAGAGCUACAGCGAGGACUCCAUAAGUUUCAGCCUAAAAAUGACUACUAAUAUCAAGGUUGGUGGCUAUGUUGUGAACAUCUACUGGACAUUUGAUACACACAGGCAGGAAAAAAGGACUCUGAGCAUAGAAGGAGAAAAGUCCAUCCAAAAAGUGGCAAAUUUGACAGCACACACCCCCUAUGAAAUUUCUGCUUGGGCUAAGACGGAGCUGGGUGACAGCCCUCUGUCUUUUGUACAUGUGGUGACCAGUGGGACAAGACCUGCAUCGCCAAGUCUCAAAGCCAAGGCCAUCAACCAGACUGCGGUGGAGUGCAGCUGGACCGGACCCAGGAAUGUCGUCUAUGGCAUCUUCUAUGCCACAUCCUUCCUUGAGCUGUACAGGAGCCCUCACAGCACCGCCACGACCUCCCACAACAUCACCGUGAUCGUGCAGCGGGAUGAGCAGUACCUGUUCCUGGUCCGUGUGAUGUCUCCCUACCAAGGGCCACCAUCCGACUACGUUGUGGUGAAGAUGAUCCCUGACAACCGGCUUCCCCCCCGGCACCUCCACUCGGUGCACACUGGAAAGACGUUCGCAGUCAUUAAGUGGGAAUCGCCCUACGAUUCACCCGACCAGGACAUGUUAUAUGCUGUCGCAGUUAAAGACUUAGUAAGAAAAACAGAUAAAAUCUACAAAGUGAAAACCCGGAACAGCACGGUGGAGUACACCAUUAAGAAACUUGAACCGGGAGGCAAAUACCACGUGAUUGUUCAACUGGGAAACAUGAGCAAAGAAUCCAGCAUGAAGAUCAACACAGUUCCACUGUCUGCACCAGACGCCUUAAAAAUUAUAACAGAAAAUGACCACAUUCUGCUUUUUUGGAAGAGUUUGGCAUUAAAAGAAAGUAAUUUCAAUGAAAGCCGGGGUUACGAGAUUCACAUGUUUGACAGCUUGAUGAACAUGACGGCUUAUCUCGGGAACACCACAGAAAACUUCUUCAAGGUGUCCAACCUGAAGAUAGGUCACAACUACUCAUUCACCGUUCAGGCAAGGUGCCUGUACAGCGGGCAGAUGUGCGGCGAGCCAGCCACGCUUCUCUAUGAUGAGCUAGGAACGGGUGAAGACUCCUCUGCAACAAAAACCGGCAGAUCCAUGGAUGUUGCUGCCAUCGUGGUACCGGUACUGUUCCUGCUGCUGGUGACCCUCGGGAUUGGGUUCGUGGUGCUGUACAUGAGGCACAGGCAGCUGCAGAACAGCUUCACUGCCUUCGCAAACAGCCACUACAGCUCCCGCCUGGGCUCGGCCAUAUUCUCCUCGGGAGAUGAUUUAGGAGAUGAGGAUGACGAAGCCCCAAUGAUAACUGGAUUUUCAGAUGACGUUCCCAUGGUCAUCGCAUGAAGCGCAUUUCUGACUGUAAAAACCAAAUGGUGUAAAUAUUUUAUUUGAUAAAAAUAGUUGAUUGUUUAUUUUAAAAAUGCACUUUGAGUUGCAAUAUGUUAUUUUUAUAUGGGCCAAAAA